AUGAGGAGUCUUACAGAGUCCAGCCAAGAGGCUCAGGGGAACCUCGGGAAGCAAGUGGAAAUAAAUCUCCAAAGCUGCAAAGAAGAUUUAUCUUGCAAUAAAAUACAGUUUAUUGAAAGGUGUACAUUUGAAGCACUACCAUUUUUGCAGCAUGUGAAUCUUGGUUGCAAUUUAAUCACUGAACUGAGCUUUGGAACGUUUCAGUCCUGGCAUGGAAUGCAGUUUUUACACAAGAUAAUUCUCAGUCAUAAUCCUCUAACAACUAUUGAAGAUUCAUAUCUUUUUAAAUUGCCAGCAUUAAAAUAUCUGGACAUGGGAGCAACAUCAGUGUCGCUUGGACCAGUCCAAAACAUCCUCAUGAUGACUCUUGAAUUAGAAAAACUGAUAUUACCUAGGCAUCUCACCUGCUGCCUCUGUCAAUUUAAAGUUAUUAUUGAAAUCAUGUGCGAGACAGUCAAACUACAUUGUACCACUCAAUGUUCUACCAGUACCACACACUGUGAUGAGGAAGAGUCCAUAAGCAACACCAAAGGGGACUUCAUGAAGGUUUUACAGGCCCGAAAGACGACAACCAGCACCGAGCUAACCAUUGAAUCGGAGAACACCUCGCCAGAGAGAAACAGCAUGUCCCUUUUAGUGAACGAGCAGCUAGACGUGAAUGAUGAGAGUGAUACCAUUACUGGGCUAAAUUACGUAGUGCCUUUUCUCCUGGAUGGGAACAUAGGAGAUUUUGAAUCAACAUUGUUAUCCUUCGUUAAGCUCCUUUUUUCAGAUAUGCAAGAUGGAGCAAAUCCUCUGGAACAUUUGAAGAAUAGCACAAUUCCGAUGUCUCUACAGCUCGAAUCCAACAAUACAACAUACAAUAAGUCGAAAAGUCUCCAUUUUCUGGAAAGCUUGAUAAAUGUAGGAACUCAAGCAAAAGUUCACAAAGCUAGAAAGAGAGAGAAAACUGCCACGCUGGUCAGUUCCAUACUUUUCGGGCCCAAACUGAAACAUCAAAUCUUUCCGAAGAAAUUGAAAACUGUCUGGCCAAAGAGAAAGCACUUAGGAAAGGUGCAGGAGGGGGAGAGGCAACCACUGCAGAUGAGCAGCACGAUCAAGAACCCCGGGGGCCUCCAGAAGAGGCGCUUCAAAGAAGGGGGCAAUCAGCACAGCCUAAGGAAAGGGGAGGCUCUGCCCACGACGGGGAACAUUGCCCAAAAAAGAAGGCUCAUGCAGCCGGCCCCAAGAGAACCGAAAGAGAUUCCCUUGGCGGGGAGGCCCAGGAAAUGGGUGGAAAACUCCUUCAAUGAAGAGGCCUCCUCCAUCCAGGAGCACAAGGCGGUGUUCUCCAUGCCCCUGAAAGAAUUCUCCAUGGGCAGCCCAUCUGCCGCCACUCCUAAAGUCCCACCCGAGAACCCCAAAGACCUAAGGGACAUUCUCCGCGUUUUAGAAGACGCAGAUGCCAGGGUUCGGAACAUGAAGUUUCCCAGGCCCAUCCCACACAAUGGAACAAAUUAUAAUUUUCAGAAAUCUUACUCUCACCUGGGACGCAGAAGGGCCAAAGCCAGAUCGAAUACAGAGAUGAAGGAAUCAGCACCGGAGAGGCCGGUGCGAGACGCCAAGCGGCCUCCUUUCGCUGCGGUGAAGAGCCUCAUCAAGUCCCCGCCAAGAGAGGAGUCUCUGUCUUGGAGAGAUCAGGACAAACCUUUGCUCCAGUCCUUUCAACCUUCACACUCAUCUGCAGGAAAAAGGACUGCAGAAAGCAUGCAUGCUGCUAAUGGGACAAACACCAGAGGCAUCACAGUGCCAGAGAAAACUGUCGGUAGCAAAGGCACCUCCCAUGAGAUGGAAGCCCCGAUGGUGGACAACCUCACGCCGACUGUCAAGCAGUCCAGCGAGAUGCAGUGGGAAUAUCACAACGUGGCCACCGACAUCGUCUCUGCCACACAAAGACCAGACCCAAGAGAACAACUGGAGAUGGAAUACAUCCAGCAGCUGCGGUCCCUUAUCCCCAACAACAACGUGAGGAAGCUCAUUGCUCACAUGAUGCGGACUCUAAAAACGGAUUGCUCUGAGCCUCAGUUGAAGCUGGCAUGUGCCAAGCUCCUCUCUGAAACCGGCCUCCUGAUGAAGCGUCUCAGUGAGCAGGAGGAAGGAAAGGUUCCCAAGCCAGAAUGGGAUACGGACCAGUGGAAGACUGAGAACUUCAUCAGUGACAAUACCGAAGGCCAGGAUGAACAGAAACAGCCAGAGGAAAGUGAGCUCACAAAAGAAGUUCCAGGAUAUGGCUAUAAUAACAAAUUAUUCUUGGCAAUAUCUGUGACUGUACUCGUGAUGAUAUUGAUUAUAAUUUUCUGUCUCAUUGAGAUUUAUUCUCAUAGACCAGAGGAGUGUAAAGAUGGAAGAUCCAGGAUCUUCUUUGGAUUAUUGCUUCGUAGGAGAAGUUCAGUGGAACAUGAGCCUCAGGACUUUUUCUGGCGAAGGCGGCCCCUGUGGUUGAGGGACAUGUAUCAGCCACUCAAUGCCAUACGUCAGAAAAACAUGGCACGGAAGCUACACGACAAGGAUUCCUCUGACGAGGACGAGACUUUCAACAGAAACCAAGGGGAGCUCAGGGAGGUCGGAGUAGUGAAAACAGAACUGACUCCUGAGGAGAAAGCAGCCAAGGAGACCAAGGCAGCCAUGAAGUCCCAGGGAGCACGGAAGACUCAGGCACCUCAGCGCCCCCCACCACCACUUGUCCCCCUGGCACGACAGACCAGCAAAUCUCUACAUGACACCCCGACACCACAGACUCCCCCCCAGUCACGACAGUCCAUCAGGUCUUCACAGCCCCUCUCAGCACGACAGUCCAUCAAGGCUCCACAGGUCCCCCAUGCACGAGAGUCCUUCAGAUCCCAGGAGAUCCUGUCAUCACUGGAGAUCUCAACUCAGAUUGAUGAGGAGCAAUAG